GCGAAUCAGAAAAAUUCCCCAAGAAUGGCUCCUUCCAGUGAAUUUGUGCGACGUGUUUAGGGUUUCAUCAACACUAAUCCAGAUUUUUGGUUUCAAGAUGUCAUCAGACUGAUCUCUUCUCCCUGAAGUUCUCUUGCACAUUAUCUCCGAGAAACUAGAGGACUUUAUCGACGUUAUUCAUGCUCGGUCUGUUUGCAGCUCGUGGCGAUCCUCAUUCCCCUUUCCUUCUUGUUUAUUAUGCACACGUUACUCUCUUCCCGCUUUCGCCGAUUAUCCUUUCAAAAGCAAAGACUUGUGCACCCUCGAGAAGGUCCCUUUGUCUCUUUUAAGAGUCAAAUCUCUUACGUAUGCUUCUAAGUAUAUGUUGGGAGGAUUAGUUCGAGAUGAGUCAGAGGAGUUUCCAUCUGCUAGUCAGUUCUCAGUGAAAGUGGAGAUCCCAGGUUCUUAUCAAUCCUUGGUUAGCUUGCGCGACUGCGAGAUACUCCCUAUGUGGCAACACCAGUACAGAAUGGUUGGCUGGGAUCCUAAAGAAUGUAAUACAUAUUACAGAGGCGUAGCUUGUCUUCCGCUAACCAAGGAAGGAGGAGGAGAAGAAUUCGUUGUGCUCGUCAACUACUUUAAAGUCUUGUUGGUGUUAUCAAUUACGGAAAUGAGGUGGAAGCGGCUUAUGAACAUCCCGGAUUAUCUAUGCACGGAUUUAGUCACUUUUAGAGGCAGAUUUUAUGCAGUCUUUUUUACCGGAAAAAUUGUCUCCAUUGAUCCUUAUUCGCUGGAAGUUAAGAACCUGAUGCCCUCACCUUACAAGACACUAGACUAUCUGAUUCCAUAUGGCGAUGAUGAACUUUUCCUGGUUGAGGCAACUUCCCUAGUAAGUAAGCUAGAUGAGGAGGCUGGUAGAUGGGUCGAGGUCACUUAUUUGGGAGACCAUGUGUUGGUCAUUGGACAACUGGCUAGUGUCUCUUGCUCGGUUAAGAAACUUCCUGAUGGUUGUGGUGUGACUGCAAAAUCAAUUUUGUUCACCAAUCGACCAAGCAAUACAACUGAGACAUCGAUUUCUUUAUUUUCUCCUUAUUAGUCAAAACAAAUAUCUGGGGUGAGUGCUCAGCCAUAAGUCUUUGAACAAAUAUAUGGAAGAAGACCCUAAGAGAUUCUCAAGAGAGAUUUGUGUGAUCCCCAACACAUAUCUGGGCAGAGUCCUAAGUCAUACGUCUUGCUUUGGAUACCUUAGACAUCUAUUUUUUUUAUAUAAGUCAAAACAAACUUAUCACAUAAUAAUUUGGUACAAUAGAUCUUGUGCUUCUCAUGUCAUUUUUUUUUUAUGUUUUUGUUUUAGACUAUCAUCAUGAUCAA